AUGAAAAAGCUUGCUAUGUUACGCCAGUGUUCUGGCAAAAUCACCCAUGUCACUCUAUUAGAUCUUCAAAUGUUAGAGGUGCAAGAUGAUGUUAUCAAUUUUAAUUUCUAUACGAGAAUUUUUGAAUUAUUAAAUUCUCAGCACUUAAUAAUCUCAUCUAUAGAACCUCCAAAGACAAAUGAGUCCACACAAGAUACAGGAAUUUUAAAAAAAGUACAGCAAGCUAUAAAUAACUUAAAAAAAUGCGAUUAUGCUCAUUUAUUUAAGAUUACUGAUAAUGUUAUUAAAUUACUGACUCAACUUCUCAGAUCAGCCGAGAACGAUCAGAUUUCUCUUUAUGUUGCUCGUCUUUUGAAACCAUUAACUCAAAUAAAAAGAAUUCAACAGAUUUUGGAAAACAGAAGAUUACCAAAUGGUAUCUUUCUCCCUCCUUUAAAGGGUAAGGCAAGCAAGAAACUCGAAAUCGCUCCCGGAAUGCAAGACGAAGUUAUUUGUCGUAUCUGCGAGAAACCAGUUCCAAAAUCACAUUUCGUUAAGCACAUUGAGACCUGCUACAGAGCCUAUCAAGCCCAGCAGUCUCAAGUUCAAAUAGAUGGCGAUAUGAACAAAAUAAUUCAAGAAUUUAAAGCUCUAGCCAAAAUCAAAUGGCCUGUAUCACAAGAAAACAUACUUAAUGUAUUAGUCCCUCUACAUAUGAUACUACUUCUCAAAUCUGCCCUCAAAACAACAGAUAAUUUUGAAAAUCAAUUCCAGACUUGCCUUUCCGUCUUAUCUACGCUUCCUGUUGUCAUCCAAUUUACACAGUCGUUUAACGAUUCAUUGAACGAUUUAAUUAAUCGCUCAAUUGGAAUUCUCAAAUCAAAAGUUUGCGUUUCCUACAAAUCGUUCCAGCUUAACAAAGAAGCCCAAGAACUGACUCUUUCUCCCUCCCAAAGUUUGUCUCCUUCGACAUCUUUUUCCGGUCAAACUGAUAUGUCAAUCGCCUCCUUCACAAUUCUUAAGCAGAUCUCAAAGGGAGCCUACGCAAGAGUUUAUUUGGCCGAAAAGAACUCUACAAAAGACAAAUACGCCAUCAAAGUCAUAUCAAAAGAUAAAUUACACACAACAGAGAUCGUUAAGCACCAUUUACUGCAUGAGAAGGACUUUUUGUUCCAACUCAGAUCAAAUUUCAUUGUUAAGAUAUAUAGUAGCUUCAUUGGCGAGAAGAACCUUUACAUUGUUAUGGAUUACAUAUCCAACGGAGAUUUGAAGCAUAUUUUGGAUAAUUACGAAGUAUUCGAUGAAGUUCAUGCCACGAUAUGCACAGCCCAGAUUGUUCUUGCACUCAGAGACCUUCGCAGAAACAAAUUUGUUCACAGAGACCUGAAACCAGACAAUGUCCUCCUCGAUGGUGAUGGAUACCUCAAGCUGAUCGAUUUCGGACUCUCCAGCGAGAUCAUGCAGAACGAAAUUGUCGAUACAACAGGAACUCUCGGUUAUUGUUCACCGGAAGUUUUGACAAACCAGGCCACAACAUACUCAUCCGAUUACUGGUCCCUUGGCUGCAUGAUCUAUGAGUUUUUGUUCGGAAUGCCACCAUUCAAUGCCGAAAAUGCGACAAAAACCAUAGAGAACACCCUCAAAAUCAACUACGAAGUUGAUCUCAGUCUGACUGCCAAUCCAGAUAACGACCUCCACGAUGCUUUAGACUUAAUUUCGAAAUUACUCGUCUUCGAACCGGAGAAAAGACUGGGACAGAACUCAUUUGAGGACAUAAUGAACCAUCCUUGGUUCAAAGACAUCGAUUGGGAAAACGUUCCUGAGCUAAAUGACAUAGAAAAACCAGAAGAAUUUAAUUCGAAGCGAAAAGUGAUCGAUACUAACUCUAAAGAGUACCUCGAUAUCAUGAGUGAUAUGCAAUCAUCACAGAAGAUCCGAAAUGAGUUCUCUUCCUACUCAAGUUGCUCAUCAGAUGAAGAUGACGACUUUUCCAAGUUCAAUCAGGUCUCUACAACAUACCAGAUCGACAAACUUCGCCAGGAAAUGGCAUCAGAGCACAUUAAAAUACCAGAUGACGACUGUGAUGAUGCUUGUCCGAUUGUACCUUAUUUGACACCGAGAUCCAACACUCCUUUGCAGUCAAUGGCGAAAGUUGUUCCAUCUCCAAGGUCUCCAAAGGCAACUCCAUCAGGAAGUAUGACAUUUGAGUGA